AAAAAAUGUGGGGAGGGGCGACCCUUGACAUAUAAAAAUGAACAGAACAGACCGCAGUAGAGAGGAAAAGUGCAUUAUAAAUGCUAUCAGUUUUCUUGUUGACUAUUGGAGGCUUGAAAGAAGAUCGUCCUAACAAGUCCAUUAUGAGAGUUGUGUACAUACUUUUAGCUGCACUAAUUCUGUUCACUUGCCAAGUAUCAGCUUCUCAGAAGCUACUGAAUGGAAUCAAAAGAUCGAUGAUGGCGUCAUCCACUGGCGAUGGAACUCUCCAGUCUCUGAGGCAGAAAAGAUGGGAUUACCAGACUGAUGGCUGUCACUGUGGUAGUUUUAGAAUCGAGUGUCCCGGAGAUUUAUUCUGCCAAUGGAAGAAUAAGUCACAUGACUGGGUGUGUGACGUCAACUGCUGUGGGAGAAAGUGUGUCAGGAAAAAUGACAGAAAAUAAAUCCACCCCCCAAAUAACAACAAACAAACAAACAAACAAAGUUCAAUUUUCGUUAGCGUUCUACCCAAGUUUGUUAGCUGUAAUUCAAUUCCCAUUUAUUGUUGAUCUUGAACGGACUGUGAUGUCUUUGUGGAUUUCCAUAUUCAUUCCAGAGUUUGAAAUAAACGUCAUGUUGGUGAACAUGUUGGGCACAUCGGUCGUCUACAUCUAGAUCUAAGUGUUAUCAUUAGAAUGGUAUAGCAUAGUAGAUGCAUGCAUUGGCUUAACCAGGAUUCUGGGGGAGGGGGGGGGGUGAUAGGCCCGCUGGGUACAGACCUCUAUUUACAUCAGAACUUCGUGGAACUUGGAAACUGGAGGGGGUGGGUGGAGGAAGGCCUAAAAAAAAGGCUCUAAUGAUUUUACUAGAAAUUUAAUAGUUAAUGUUAAAGUUAAUGUAUAUCGCUGAAAAAAGAAUUACUAGCUAGCUUGCCACACUGUGGAAACCCUAGUUGGACUUAUAAUUUUUCAAUUUAAAAAAAAGUAUUUGGCUAGAGAUCUAGGUAUCGACAAUAUUUUAAAAUAAGAAAGUAAUUUACUAGAAACAAUUAUUGAGAAUCAACUUUUAGACUUAUUUUACAUUUAAUUUUCUUGCUGAAUUAUCACAUAAGACUUUAUAUCGGUAAUGAAUGUUCCGGAUUUUGUUUUUGAAAAAGAAAUCGACCUACAUUUCUUUAAUUUUCUUACAAUUGUCGCCAAAGUGUUUCGAAUUAAAAAAAACAACAAACUCUACUAACGAAAAAAAAACAGUUUGAAAUCUCUCUUCUACGAAAAUCGGUUGUUUCGGAUUUUUAUGAAAAACAUUUUAACUCUAUUUAUUUAAAAUCGCACUUUUAUGUUACAGAACAUUUACUUUUCUAGCUAAAACGUUAAAAAAUCGAAUUUACCGUCAAUAUUAUGUUCCGGAUUUUUAACGAAAACAACUUCCUAACACCAAAUUAUGGUAUGAAAAUCUCUCCACAAGGCUAUGGUACAUCUAAUUUUGAUACUAGACCCAAAAAUUUAAUUAAUGGUAUUUAAUUUAUCUGGAAUUCUCUCUCUCUCUCUCUCUGUAUGUAUAUAUAUAUAUAUAUAUAUAUAUAUAUAUAUAUAUAUAUAUAUAUAUAAACAUUCGGAACAAUCUAUUAUGCAUGCUUAACUAACUAAUGCUAUGUUUCGGAAGGAAAAGGAAAAUUAAAGGUUUACCAGAAUGUCAA